AUGUCUACUACAACGUGCACAACCGUCGCAACCCUCUGCGCAAACUGCGCCCCGCUCUACCACAAGCUCAAGCCAGUCUUCAACGACGCCGACGUCACGCUCCUCUGCCCGACAAACACAACCUGGCCCCUCAUGCUCUGCAACAAGUUCGCAGCGGCGCAAAUCAGCGUGUCCACCGCUGAAGCGCUCACGGGCGAAAUCGCGCGCCGAACAAAUGUGCUCAAUCGCACUAGCGACUGCACAGUCUACAUGGCAAACAAGCCCGACCCGAACAACACCUUUUGCUUCCUCAAGAUCAUGGUCGACUGGCCGGUCCCCGUUGAUACGGAUGAGAAGUUCAAGUGGGACUUGCUGGAUAAUCUGCAGAUUCCGUUUCCGGGCAUUCGGGGGAUGGAGUGGCAGAACUGGGUGAUUGUCGCGCCUCAGAUUGGGCAGUGUGCGAGUUUUGCGCGGUUGUACUUUUUCUAUGAGAUUGCGCGGGAUAAGAAGCUGAUCUAG